UCAACAUAUGUACCACUGUUCACAAGUGUAAACAUGGCACACAUCUGGGAUCCAACGAAAAAACACAGCGAUGUAGAAAGGUGGGUGUGUAUCUAUCCUUGCUAUCUGAACAGCAAGAAAAGCUUAGCAGAAGGACGCAAGCUUACAAAGGAGAAGUGCGUAGAAAAUCCAACUCACCAAGAGAUUCGUGAUGUGUUGACGAGUGCUGGACUGAAAGUUGGUGUAGAGAAUAAAUUACAUCCCAGGGAGCGUAGCAAGGAAAUUCUCUAUCGUGGACGUAUCCGUGUACAACUGAAAAAUGACGAUGGCACACCUGUGAAUCCUGAAUAUCCAAACAGGCAUUCCUUGCUAGUUUUCCUUGGCACUAGUAUUCCAAAACUGAAAUCAAGGCAAGGGAAGCAAUCAUACGGUGAUCAGUUGUCCCAACAGUCUGCUGCUGGUGCUUCCAAGAAGGGGAAAGGCAAGGGACGAAGAUGAAGUGCUUCUAUAUUGCUGUGGAGUUAUAUAUGAUUAUAUCAUACAUUACCAUUUUGAACACUUUUUGUAAUUACCUUUGAUAUCAUGUGCUACUAGCUCAUGUUUUUAUAUUUGCAAUACUGCAAAGUAACACAGGGUACAUUACUUUCACAUUAUUGCAAACGUUCAAAUGUUAUUCACUCAAUGUACAACAAAAAGGAAAUAUGUUAUUUUGAUGUGUAAAGGAUGAACGAGAAGAAAUUCCUUAUUUAUAAAACAUACCAUUUAGUUUAUUGUAAUUAAAAAAUCUUUCAUAUAAAAGAUGUUUGAUUAAAGUAAAAAAGUAUAUAAAAACAA